AUGCCCGCGCAGCGCAAGGCGCUGAAGAAGUUCGGCAAGAAGAAGAAGAGCGUCGUGGCCACGCCUGCAUCCCCAGCCGCCCCCGCUGCGCUGGACUCCUUGUUCGCAGAUCAGCCGGCCAAAAAAACGAAGUACACCGCGCCCGAGAGAGUUGGCAAGGGCCAGUCCGUGGCCUCGAGCAGCUGCACGAAGGAGCCGCAUCCCGCGGCACCUUGUGGCAAGACGGCGCCUGUCGGCAAGCCGCUGGACGCGCGGGGCAUGUUCCAGAUUUUCAAGAAGGUCGCCGAGGCCAUCCCGGGCACCCUCGUCGACGGCAAGCUGCCCGAGACGAAGGAUGCGAAGACCUUCCUGCAGAAGUUCAGGCAGCACCUGCAAAUCGACUUCAGCGAGAUGCAGGCCUUAGGUCACGCGGGGCUGGAGUGGGCCAUCAGGCAGAUGGAGGGCCUCCCGGUCGACGAGGACACCGGCAUCGUCGAGCGCCAGGUCUUGGCAGCGAUCGGCAACGUCAAGCCGACCGCGCAGGAUGCCUCGCAGCAGCCCGCGACCCCUGUCGGCGGCGAGGUGGCCGCGACCCCUGUCGGCGGCGAGGUGGUCAUCGCGAAGCUGGACGCCGACGACAACGCCAGCGUCAAGAGCGGCUCGGGCGCGGGCGGCGUGGAGCGCGCGGUGCUGAACUCGGUCACCUGCCCGGCGGCGUGGGCGACGUUCAGCCGCGCUGCCAAGAACCGCAAGAAGUGGCCAGUGCAGCUGGCGCCAGAGAUCAAGUCGGACAAGCAGUCGUUGUUCGAGCUGUGGCUGUCCUGCAACAGGGACUUAGACAAGCUGGCGGAGGUCGUCAUCGAGAAGCGCAUCGAGAAGGAGACGGAGAACGACAGCGAGUGGCAGUACCGCAAGAGGCGCGACAUCAUGCCGAUGUACGGCGACUGUGCUGAGAAAGUAGACAAAGUGCUCAAUGGGUGCACCUGGGUCCCGGACGAGGCGCUGCCGGAUGACCCGGAGGAGCGCUGGCACAGGGCGCGGGUCAAGGUGGCGCACAGCCGCCGCGAGCGCACCGUGGAGGCCUUCUCCGCGAAGGGCACCGCCUCCGUGGACGACGCCGUGGCGCAGCACCUCACGGGGGAGGGGGGCGCGCUCGGGGGCGGCCUCUCGGCAGAGAUGACCAAAUUUCUCGUGGACGCAGGGCGGGCUGAAGGCACGAAGGUUUCGAGGGCGAAACCGAGGGAGGCGGCGGACCCGGCAGCUGCGCAGACGGUGGAGGAAGACCCCCUCGACAGCCUCAAAUCGAUGAUGCCGCAGCUCCUCCAGCAGGCGUCGAAGUCCAGGGAGUACUCAGCCUCGGUGGUGCACCACGAGCACGGGCAGACGAUGGCCAGCAGCAUGAGAUCCCACUCCAAUACCAUGGAGAACCUGUACGCUCAGUGCGCCCAGAAGGUGAAGAACGCCACUCUACAGCGGACAGACUCGGCCCUGCUGGAUAACUGCCGUCAGAAGUUGUCCUGGCUCACAGCCAACAAGCCCUUGGCCGCCAAGAUGCAGAGCGAAGUGAUGGGCAAGCAGCCAAAGGCGAACCCGGCCGCCAAGUCCAAGGCGAGGGCGAAGGCCACCCCGAGGGCCCGCUUCGAUGAGUCCGUCGACGACCCGUUCGCCCACGCCGUGCUCGAGCGGGUCGGCCGCGGACAGCUAUGGUGGCACGACGCAGUUGACAUGGCCGCCGCCGCAGAGGCGAGCGGCGCCACAGGCCCCGGAGUAGAGUGGAUGGCGUCGCUCGCCAAGCGAGACCCAUCCAAUGCAGAUCGAGAUAUGGACAGGCGGGUUUGGGUCCCACUGCGUGAGCCGGGCAAGAAAAAGAUGAAGCUCACGGAGAUAUUCGUUUUGCCGCCGUCGAGGCUCAUCAAAUACAUAUGGGAGAGAGGGCCGGAGAGGUUCGGCGACGCCGUGCUGGGGAAGGACGGCAAGGCUGGAUUUCAGCGCUUCUGGGACGUCGUUACGGAGUGGGAGCCUUAUCGGGAUCACGCUGUGCUGAAAGAUUUGGACCCUGCCAUGCGCUGCAAGAUGAUACCUUUGCUCUUGUUUGUCGACGGUUAUGACGUGCAUCGUCGCAGUGAAUAUUACGCGUGGUUGUGCGGAUACAUGGCGUGCUUUGCCGGUGCCAAAGCAGACUUGAAGGCUCGCCGGGAAUCCAACUUUUUCACGAGAUCUUGGCAGCACACUUUGAUUUGCGACCGGUGCGGCGCGCAGAACGUGAACCACGUGAAGUCAGACCCCGCAAUGUGGUUCACCAACUUUAGCGACAACGCGCCGCACCGCGACACUAUGGUGAAACACCAUGAGUAUAUGGCAGAAGUUUCAGCUAGACCUGGCGCGGCCUCACCGUUGAGCCAGAUUCCUGGGUGGCGCAUCGAACUCAACAUGUUCGAUGACGCUCACAAUCUGUUCCUGGGCACCUGUCGCGAUAUACUGCCGUCGGCUCUGGUCGAUCUCAUCCAAGAGGGAUUGUUGGGGCCUGGGCGCCCCGACGACUUGCUGCUAGAUCUGUGGGAGAGAGUGUUCACGUGGCUCGCGAAGAUCGUGUCUGAGCAGUUCGUGCGCCCGGAGCCCCCCGAGCUCCCUGAAGGGCCGCCUGCGGUCCGCUCCGACGCGACGCGGGUCGCCGGCCGGGGCCGCGCCUCCGAGUCGACUCGGUGCACCGGCAGCGGCCGGAGCCAGGGAGUCAUGGGCCGCUGCUUCCACCAUCACUACCACAGGCUCGCCUCCCGCGGGCUGGUCGCCGGCGUCGCCGGGCUCCUGGGGGCCGCCGCCGCCUCGGCCGCGGUCUCCUGGCAGGCGAGCGCGAGGUAUUCCGAGACGCACGUGCCAGUCUAUUCCGCGUCCGGCGAGAUCAGAGGCAUGUGGGUGCUGCACGCAGGGCUGGCGUGCGAGGUUGGCCGGGGCGCCGCGGCGCCCCCGAGGUCGGCGCCGGAGGCCGUGCGGCUGGGCCUGGGGGGCUGCUGGGCGCUCUGCGAAGCGCAGGCGGGUUGCGAGGGCGUGGCGCGCGCCCACGGCUCCAGCCAGGGCGAGUGCGGGCUGCGCUGGAGGGUGGACACCGAGCGGUGCGCGGAGAACGCCUCGCGGGACUUCUGGCACCUCGUGCGCCGCGGCCGCGGUGCAGGCGCCCAGCACGACCUCCUAGACGGCCUGCCAGCCGAGCCGCGGCGGCACGGCAGGCCGAGACCGCCCGGCGACCCCGCCUGGGGCCCGACGGUGAGGCCGGGCGUGCCCGACCUGCCGGACGUGGUCUUCGACGACAGCGAGGACGCGGGCGCCGCCGCGGCAGAGGCCGCUGGGGAGAUAGAGUGGAACCUGCACCCGGGCGUGCUGUGCAAGCCCUCCGACGAGUCCCUCGACCGGGAGCUCGACGGGAGCGUCAUGCAGUGCCGCGAGGCGUGCCUGGAGGAGCCCCGCUGCGAGGCGAUGCAGACGCUCCGCGGGAGGAUGUUCGGGAAGUGCAGGCUGCUAGGCGGCUUGGACAUGAAGAUGUGCACCCACGAGCCCGGGUUCGACCUGUGGCAGCAGGUGGGCAAGGGGCAGGGUAACAUUUGGGAGUUCAGGCCCGUGGACGGCGGGAAGGGCCGCGAGUGCCAGGGCGAGGGCGCCGAGUCCGGGAACGGGUCCAGCGGCUUCAAGCUCUACGCAGGCUGCACCGCCCCCCUUGAAAGCGGGGGCCGAGAGGGGCUUCGUGUUCAGAGGGGGAAAAGUGUUACCAAUUCCGCUACCCUUGCCUCGCCUUUGCCUUUUCGGGCCUCCUGGGAGGCCCUUGUCGCAACGGCUGGAUUCGCUUCGAAACUCUGGUCGGAACGCAUUCUGGGAGAGGACGGGGGAGUAGUUGGAAUACACUGCCCUUCUGUUGCGAGGUAGUUGUAUAGGAGGGG